UCACAUCCAAGCCACAGCAGAUGCCCAGUGUGAGGCAUCUGGAUGCAGCAACGAGCACAGCCACAAGAAGCUCUCCCUCCACGGAGCUGCAGGCAGAGGAAGCGGAUGACAAGGAAGCACCCUGGCAGCUGGAUCAAGGAGCCGCGGGAGAAAGCAGACCGGAAAGCAGACCGGCAGAGGCUGUUGUCACGAUGCGGCCUUUGCUGAGUGUGCAGAUUGUGCAACUGACCCGUGUGCUGGUGCUCGGCGGCUUCUCCAGCCACUCAGGCCUCAGCUCUCUGAAAAUCAUCAUCUACUGCCACAUUCUGGGACCAACACCCAGCUUGAGGUUAAGACUGGGAAGGUCACCAGCUGGCUCACCCUCCUCCUUCACAGUGAUGUGGAGCCCCUGCCUCCUUGUGGGGAAGCUUCAGAGACCUAGAAGAGCACUGAUCCGAUCGGCUAAGGCAGCACCAGGAGGGGGCAUCGUUGCACUGAAAUGCAUGCUUUCUGAGUUGCUAUUAGUGAUCCAAAAGGGAGGGGCGUGUAAAGGUGCUUGUCCGGAGCAUCAGAACAAAGAGCACAUAGACCAUCCCCAGGUUCUGCUCCAGGUAACCGACAGGCUGUUUUUCAAAGUACCCGGUUGGCAGGGUAUGGGUGCUGCCAUCUGUCAGGAGGGCUCCACUCCUGGACACGGCAUCUUCCAACACCAGCCACGAGUGGCUGCUGAGCUCUCAGAAGGUGGCAAAGUCUGAACUGCAUUAUGUGGUGAGUGCAAAACGUGGCUUUGCCUGCAGUCAUUUCAAUUACCCACAUUCAGACGCUGCCUGGAGUGUUCCUAAGUUUAUGCUGUGUGCUCUUCCUGGGCGGCCAAGGCCCCCACUCAGGAUGGAAGCAGGACUUUGCCGGAAGGUCCACGCUGCGUGUGCGGCCUUCCCCGACAGUGCGGCUGUCUCUGCUCUGUCACCCACUAUGGCAUCACAGCGUGCUGUUCAGUGACCCGUAAGUGGUGGUGGC